GCCAGCCACCAAGUUGUUUCUUCUCUCUCUCUUUCUCUCUCUCCCUCUUUUAAACGAGGAUGAUGGGUAACAGACUAACAUGUGAUUAGUCAAUUUAUAUGAUUUGUAAUGUUAUGCCAAUAUAAGUAGUUCCACUCUAUGUCUUUUCACACGGUUCGAUUUUUGACAAAAAAGAAGUGGCUAGGGAAAAUAUUCAGUUUGAAUAUCUUUCAAUUGAGAUUUGAUUGCUUGGGCUAAAUGGGUUUUCAGUUAAGCAAAAUAUGAAAGUGAAAACAAAGAGUUUUUGAUGUUUUAUUCGGAGAUGAAUCCAAAAAUUCUGGUUUUUGUGCUGGUUGCUUCCCUCCAGAUUUGUAGCAUAGCAGCACUGACUGACAUUGAUGAUUUUGCUGCAUUGAAGGCUCUUAUGGAUUUGUGGGAAAACACGCCACCUAGCUGGGAAGGUACAGACCCUUGUGGAGACCAAUGGGACGGCAUAAAGUGCAUCAAUUCACGUGUGAAUUCCAUACAAUUGUCAAGUAUGGGAUUGAAAGGACAGCUGUCUGGAUAUAUCUCAGACUUGCAAGAACUUCAAACUAUAGAUCUAUCAUACAACAAGGAUUUGGGAGGACCUCUGCCAACAUCAAUUGGGAGUCUGAAGAAGCUAGAAAACUUAAUUAUGGUUGGUUGUGGUUUCUUUGGUCCUAUCCCCGAUUCAAUAGGAUCACUGCAGCAGCUGGUUUUUUUAUCUCUAAAUUCUAAUAAAUUCAGUGGUCAAAUUCCACCUUCAAUUGGCAAUCUAUCUCAACUUUUUUGGCUGGAUCUAACUGACAAUAAGCUUGAAGGGCCCAUCCCCAUCUCCACAGGGACUACACCUGGUCUUGAUAUGCUAAUUAAAACAAAACACUUUCAUCUUGGAAAGAAUCAGCUUUCAGGCAGAAUCCCACCUGAACUUUUCAGUUCGGACAUGCGUCUCAAACAUGUGCUUUUUGACAGCAACAAGCUCACUGGCAGUAUUCCUUCUACCCUUGGCCUUGUGCAGACUUUGGAGGUUGUGCGCCUUGACAGGAAUUCAUUGACUGGACCUGUCCCUUCAAACCUCAACAAACUUACCAAUGUCAGUGAUUUGUUUUUGUCCAACAAUAAAUUGAGUGGACCUCUUCCCAACCUUACUGGAAUGAAUAUUCUCAGUUACUUGGACAUGAGCAAUAAUAGUUUUGAUGCAUCUAAUUUUCCACCUUGGAUUUCUACCUUGCAGUCUUUGACAACAUUAGUGAUGGAAAAUACACAACUUCAAGGACAAAUUCCAACUCGCUUCUUCAGCCUUCCUUAUUUACAGACAGUGGAUCUAAGUAACAAUACACUCAAUGGCACUUUAGAUAUUGGAACAAGCUACAGAGACCGACUGCAACUCAUUGAUUUAAGAAACAAUUUAAUUGCUGAGUAUUCUCCAAUACCAGGACAAAAGCAAGUUGAAGUAAUACUCGUGAACAACCUAGUUUGCAAGGAAACAGGAGUAUCGGCAGAUUACUGUACCAUUCCCAGACCUAAUUCUUCUAAUGUGUCACUACCAAAUAAUUGUGAGCCUAUUCCCUGCCGUUCAAAUCAGAUAUCCAGCCCCAAAUGUAAAUGUGCAUAUCCAUACACAGGACUUCUAGUUUUCAUAGCUCCUUCAUUCUCAGUCUUGGACAACAAAACAAAUUAUAUUUUACUCGUGCAGCAACUAAUGGAUUCUUUUAGUUCCAAGCAACUUCCUGUGGAUUCAGUUUCUAUAAGUAAUCAGAGAAAGGAUCCAUUUUCGUACUUAGAAUUAAAACUUGAAGUCUUUCCAUCUAACCAAGAUCAUUUCAAUCGAAGUGUUAUUUCUCAGAUUGCGUUUGUACUAAGCAACGCCAAUUUCAAUCCUACAAAACCAUUUGGACCUUACUUUUUUCAUGGAGAUUCUUAUCAGUAUUUUGCUGGAGAGGCUACAGGAUCAAACAACUCAUUAAACACUGGCAUUAUCAUUGGAGCCGUUGCUGGUGGUUCUGCCCUUGUACUAUUGUUGCUUCUUGCAGGGGUUUAUGCUUACCAUCAAAAGAAGAGAGCAGAAAGAGCAACUGAACGGAACAAUCCUUUCGCACACUGGGAUUCAACUAAGAGCAGUGGUGCUGGUGUUCCUCAAUUAAAAGGGGCCAGAUGCUUUUCUUUUGAAGAGCUUAAAAAAUACACCAGUAAUUUUUCAGAAGCAAAUAAUAUUGGAUCUGGUGGUUAUGGAAAGGUAUAUAGAGGAAUCCUUCCCAGUGGAGAAUUGAUUGCCAUAAAACGAGCUCAACAAAUAUCAUUGCAGGGUGGGCUAGAAUUCAAAACUGAGAUUGAACUUCUAUCAAGAGUGCAUCAUAAAAAUCUUGUAAGCCUUUUGGGAUUUUGCUUUGACCAAGGUGAGCAAAUGCUCAUUUAUGAAUUUGUGCCAAAUGGGAGUCUCUGGGACAGUCUUUCAGCAGGGAAGUCGGGAACCAGGUUGGACUGGAUUAGGAGACUUAAAAUAGCCCUUGGUUCAGCCAGAGGUCUGGCAUAUCUACAUGAACUUGCAAACCCUCCCAUUAUCCAUAGGGACAUAAAGACCACCAACAUACUUUUGGAUGAACGCUUAAAUGCGAAAGUUGCUGAUUUUGGCCUCUCCAAGCUUAUGGGUGACACUGAAAAGGGUCAUGUUACCACUCAAGUUAAAGGGACAAUGGGUUAUUUGGAUCCUGAAUAUUACAUGACUCAGCUGUUAACUGAGAAGAGUGACGUUUAUAGCUUCGGAGUUGUGAUGCUAGAGCUACUAACUGCAAGAAAGCCAAUAGAACGUGGAAAAUACAUAGUGAGAGAGGUAAAGAUGGCAAUGGAUAGAAAAAAAGAUCUAUAUAAUCUCCAUGAAUUUCUUGACCCAGGCAUUGGUCUAGAAACAACACUGAAAGGUCUGAAUAAGUUUGUGGAUCUGGCAUUGGAAUGUGUGAAAGAGUCAGGAGCAGACAGGCCUAAAAUGGGUGAAGUGGUGAAAGAGAUAGAGGACAUCUUGCAGCUUGCUGGUUUAAACCCCAAUAAUGAAUCGGCAUCUACUUCAGCAAGUUACGAGGAAGCAGCCAAGGGAAGUCCUCGUCAUCCUUACAGUAAAGAUUCCUUUGAUUAUAGUGGGGCAUUUCCACCUUCAAAGAUACAGCCUCAAUAAGCAUUAUUCCAUUCAAAUUUUGCUCAUGCUCACAGUUUGAAAUGUUUAAAAAGCACUGCAAUAUGUGUAGCUAUUUGUCUUGUCUUGUAUGAAGCUUGUAAUGAAUCAGAAUUGUAGUUGAAUUGAAUUAUUUGCUUAUGAAUAUUUAGCUCAAGUGAUGUAUCUGAGGUUGAUAGCUGAAAUGAAGAAUAAACAGAAAAGAUGUAAGACAGAUUAGCAAUGAUGUAGAAAUUUCAGAUUCAUUAGUUGUUUA